GUUAAUCCCGGAUAGCGGAGCGGAGCGGCCGACCUCCGAGAAUGGGAAUAGUGGGAAUAGCGGUAUCCCGGAUAGCGGGAUAAAUUUUUGUAUGUUAGUAAUUAUAUAAUAAUUUAUGAAACAUGUCAUGUAAUACUAUAAAUUAUAUAAUAAAUUUAAAAAAAAUCUACUUAAUAAAAUAAUAAUAGAUUAAACUGAUAUAUGUUAUUAUUAUUUUUUAUUAUUAAUGAUAUUAUUUAAUUAGAAGUAGUUGUUACUUGGGAACAGGAUUCAGUAACUUUGGUUUGGUUAAUUUAUAACUUUGUAACUUUAGUCAUUUUUUAGCUUAUUUUUGUGAAAUUAAAAAUUUAAGAAAAAGAAUAAUAAAGAUGAGAGAGAGUUAUAGAUGACAAAAAGAGGGAAAGUCACGUGAUGGGACCUACCUGUGCCUAUUAAAGUUCUCUUUUACAGCUGUAAAUAGCUGUUGGUGGUACAAUAUUCAAUAUAUUAAUUAUUUUUAUUACUUUUCAACAUUUUUUUGGGAAAAUGUGUAUCCCUUCUUCGUCUUCUUUCUUUGGCUACUGCUUUCUUUACUUCUUCAUCUUGUUUCUUCUGUAUUUCUUCUCCUCUUCUUAUCAAAGUACAGAAAAAAAGUCUAAAAAAACAUAGAAAACGGGAUAAACCGCUCCGCCCGGGAACAAUCCGCGAUCCGCUAUACGGUUUCCCGGGUGUAGCGCCCGCUACAGCAUCUCCGCUACCGCACCCUGUAUCCCGCGCGGGAGGGGGCCGCUCCGCUACGGAGCGCCGGGAUAGCGGCCGGGAAUGACAUCUCUGCAUAAAAGAACAGAGCAUUCUAGAAACAAUUGAAAGAUACCGCAGUCAUACCAGGAUUCAUAAUACUCCAACAACAUCUGAAUCACUUGAAAAUACUCAGCGUUUGAAGGAAGAAGUAGAAAACAUGAUGAAAAAGAUUGAUCUUCUUGAGACUUCAAAACGAAAAUUUUUAGGAGAAGGUUUAGGGAGUUGUUCCAUUGAUGAACUGCAAAGGAUAGAGCAACAGUUGGAGAGGAGUAUAACCAAUAUUCGACUUAAAAAGGCUGAGGUUUUCAGAGAACAAAUUGAACUGCUAAAAGAAAAGGAAAAAACCCUAGUUGCUGAAAAUACCAGGCUCUCUGAGAAGUAUGAUAGUUAUUCAUCACAGCAAGCAAAAAAGGAUGAGAGAGAAAAUGUAGUUGAGGUUGAAGCUUAUGCAGAUCAAAGUAGUCCAAAUUCAGAUGUGGAGACUGACUUAUUCAUUGGUCUUCCAGAAACACGAACAAGGCGCAUUUCUCCAAAGUUGAGGAUUAAUUGAUCUCUCUGAUGUGAUUAUGAAAAUGAAAAUAAGUGUGAGGAAAAAUGUCUCAUUCUAUAUUGGAUAUGUUUCCGUAUUUAUGCUCUCAUCAUUAAGAAUUCAGAUGAUAAAUUGUAAUGAUGAAUUCUAAGACUAGUGAUUUCUUUCAUAAUAUUCUCAAACCUAGCUAUGGUUUAAAUGAUUAUAUUGUAAUGGUACUUUUAUAUAAGAAUCUUGGAAGUUGGAAGUAAAGCACUUCUACCGUAUAAUAAGGAUAAUU